GCAGCGCUCGGGGAUCCGGGCCCAGCCGGGGCCGCGGGAGGCGGGGGCGCCCGGGCCCUGGAUGUCCCGCAGCGCGGCGGCCAGCGGCGGACCCAGGAGGCCUGAGCAGCAUCUGCCCCCAGCCCCCUGUGGGGCCCCGGGGCCCCCCGAAACCUCCAGGACGGAGCCAGAAGGGGCGGGCACCAUGAAUAAGUUACGGCAGAGCCUGCGGCGGCGGAAACCAGCCUACGUGCCCGAGGCAUCGCGCCCCCACCAGUGGCAAGCGGACGAGGACGCGGUGCGCAAGGGCACGUGCAGCUUCCCGGUCAGGUACCUGGGCCAUGUGGAGGUGGAGGAGUCCCGGGGGAUGCAUGUGUGUGAAGAUGCUGUGAAGAAGCUGAAGGCGAUGGGCCGGAAGUCCGUGAAGUCUGUCCUUUGGGUGUCGGCUGAUGGGCUCCGAGUGGUGGAUGACAAGACCAAGGACCUGCUGGUAGACCAGACCAUCGAAAAGGUCUCUUUUUGUGCCCCUGACCGCAACCUCGACAAGGCUUUCUCCUACAUCUGCCGUGAUGGGACCACCCGUCGCUGGAUCUGCCACUGUUUCCUGGCACUCAAGGACUCUGGCGAGAGGCUGAGCCACGCUGUGGGCUGUGCCUUCGCGGCCUGCCUGGAGCGGAAACAGCGCCGGGAGAAGGAAUGUGGGGUCACAGCCGCCUUCGAUGCCAGCCGCACCAGCUUCGCCCGUGAGGGCUCCUUCCGUCUGUCGGGGGGUGGGCGGCCCACUGAGCGAGAGGCGCCCGAGAAAAAGAAAGCAGAGGCAGCAGCUGCCCCAACUGCAGCUCCCGGCCCUGCGCAGCCUGGGCACGUGUCCCCGACACCGGCCACCACAUCCCCUGGUGAGAAGGGAGAGGCAGGCACCCCGGUGGCCGCAGGCACCAGUGCAGCCGCCAUCCCCCGACGCCAUGCCCCCCUGGAACAGCUGGUUCGCCAGGGCUCCUUCCGUGGGUUCCCUGCACUCAGCCAGAAGAACUCACCUUUCAAACGGCAGCUGAGUCUCCGGCUGAACGAGCUGCCAUCCACGCUGCAGCGCCGCACUGACUUCCAGGUGAAGGGCACAGUGCCUGAGAUGGAGCCUCCUGGGGCCAGUGACAGUGACGGCAUCAAUGCCCUGUGCACACAGAUCAGUUCGUCUUUCGCCAGUGCUGGGGUGCCAGCGCCAGGGCCACCAGCAGCCUCAGCAGGGACUUCUGCCUGGGGUGAGUCCUCUGUGCCCCCUGCAGCUGCCUUCCAGCCUGGGCACAAGCGGACCCCUUCAGAGGCCGAGAGGUGGCUAGAGGAGGUGUCCCAGGUGGCCAAAGCACAGCAGCAGCAGCAGCAACAGCAACAGCAGCAGCAAGCAGCUGCGGUGGCCCCCGUGGCUCCUGCCCUGCAGCCCUUCCCCGCCCCCGUGGGGCCCUUCGAUGCGACACCUGCCCAGGUGGCCGUGUUCCUGCCGCCCCCACACAUGCAGCCCCCAUUUGUGCCCGCCUACCCGGGCCUGGGCUACCCGCCCAUGCCCCGCGUGCCCGUGGUGGGCAUCACGCCCUCACAGAUGGUGGCCAACGCCUUCUGCUCAGCUGCCCAGCUCCAGCCCCAGCCCGCCACCCUGCUCGGGAAAGCUGGAGCCUUCCCACCACCGGCCAUGCCCACUGCUCCAGGGGCCCAGGUCCGCCCGCGCCCCAAUGGGGCCCCCUGGCCUCCAGAGCCGGCCCCAGCCCCGGCCCCUGAGUUGGACCCCUUUGAGGCCCAGUGGGCAGCAUUAGAAGGCAAACCGGCCGUAGAGAAACCUUCCAACCCCUUCUCGGGCGACCUGCAGAAGACCUUCGAGAUUGAACUGUAGCCCGAGCCGCCCUGCCCACCUCAGCAUCUCCAGGUGCCCCGCACCUGGGAGUGGAGGCCCAACCUCUCCCUAGUCCCGCUCCCUGGAGCUGCGCCCCCUCAACACCCCCUCUAGCCCCUUCUUUUGACCACCCCCACACACAACCACUACAGAACCGACGUGCGCCCAGAUUGCAACAGGAUGGAAUUCAGGGAUGGACCUGGCCUGGCUAAGGGACCCAUUUCACUGCCAGACUUUGGCUGGCCAUGCCCUUCCCCCACUCGGCACCCCAGACACAGCGGGAUGGCCACAGUCCCCUCUCCCUCCAGUGGAAUGUCCUCUGUUCAAGCGACAUUUCCCAGUUUCUGUUGUUGACCUUCCACCUUCCGGUGUUGGGUGGGAUAGAAAAGGGAUGCCUGCUUAGGGGCCCUUCUGAGCCCCAUAUGAGGGCCCACCCCAGGUCUGGUCAUCCCCUCCCAUACACAGCACAAGCAAAGGGCUUCCCUCUGCCCAUCUGCUGCGUUCACUGCCAAUGCUGUGCCCACCCCCGUCACCCCACUCCCCCCGCUUGGGGGCCCACAUCUUCCUUGGGCCAAGGUCUCAUGGGGGCGGGGGGCCAAGUUGGGGGCCCAGGAGGUGGGGUAGGGGGAAGGGGAAGGAGAUGCUCAGUUACCUCACGUCAGUGCCCGCUGGGGAGGGGUCCGGGACGAAUGGGGGGCGCCUGGCGGGUACUUUUCUAUCUUUUAUUUCCAGAUUUUUUUGUAUCUAAACUUACAGAUUUGUAUUAUACAAGGACAGCCAAUAAAGGAAGACUAUAAUAAUG